AUGGCUACAGGUACUUCCAAUCCUGGAAGGAGUGCAGCUGUAGCCUCCAACUACACUCCUGAUGAAAGGAAUGGAAGCGGAGUAGGAAUAUCUCGGGAACGAGACACCUCAAGAGCAGUGAGCUCAACGAGGGGCACCAGCGAGAGUGCUAAUGAACAGCGCGUUCAUUAUCCCCCAGUGAGGGAGGAUGGAGCUCAAAACAGGCUGGGAGACAACUCCCGAAACCGGCUAGUGCAGCCCGUGGGUCAGAUUGACCUGAUAGAAGGGACCCAAAGGAAUAAUCCGCCCCGGAACACUGUUUCCAACAACCAACUGCGAAGGCACUCCAAUGAUAGAUGCCACAAAAGAACGAAAGUCUCUAUUAAGAUCGCAGCACUAAACAUUAAAGGCCAUGGUAACGUCAAUAUCGACCAUACGAGCAAUAAGUGGGCAGACAUAAGACUCACAAUGCUACAACGUCAAAUAGGGAUCCUGGUAAUUGGUGAGGCACACAUGAAUGCCGAACGACGUCAAGAAAUUGAACGAGUAUAUGAAAAAGACCUCAAAAUAUACUACACAAAACUCCCGAACACCCCAAAUGCUGCAGGAGUAGCAAUAGCACUAAAUAAAAACAUCACAAACUCUGAAGGAAUCCAGACCUAUGAAGUAGUGGAAGGACACGCUCUACUAAUGGAAACAUAUUGGCAUGAAAAUGAGAAGAUAUCGAUCCUAGCAAUAUAUGCACCUAAUGCAGACGCCGCCACUAAUACUACCUUCUGGAAGAAAGUACAGGAAUUUUUUACACGGAACCCAAGAAUCCAAAAACCGGACUUUGUCCUAGGAGACAUGAACUUUGUAGAGGAACCGCUUGACCGCCUACCAGCACGAAGUGACCCAGGAGUGAUUACUGAGGCAUUCGAUGAGCUCAAACGCCAACUAAGACUCGAAGAUGGUUGGAGAAAUACAUAUCCCUCAUCGUUGAAAUACACAUACAAACAAAAACGAACGAACCAGUUAACAAGACACUCGAGACUGGACAGAAUUUACACAAAAUCGGAUAACAUGCAACAAAGCUAUGAGUGGCAGAUCGAACAAGUCGGAAUAAGUACUGACCAUGAUAUGGUCUCAGUACGUUUCACAUGUGAGAACACACCCAUGACAGGCAAAGGGAGAUGGAUAUUCCCUGUACACCUAAUAUAUGAUAAAGUCGUGAAAGAAUUCAUUGAAAAUGAAGGCAAACUACUAGAGCAACAAAUGGACCAGGUGGACCAAGAAGAAGAACGAGACCCAAAUAACAACCAUCAGACACUAUGGGCAAACUUCAAACAUCGGUUCACAAGACUGGCAAGGGAACGAGCCAAAAUUGUUAUCCCAAGAAUAAACAAAGAAAUUGCUAUCCUGAAAACAAAAAUCGACACCAUUAGUGACGACCCAUUACUGAGCGAUGAUGAGAGAUCACUAUCGACUGCAGUCCUCAAAGAGACACUGACAGCCUUGGAAAAACAAAAACUUAAAUCUGCACGAUCCACAGCCAAGGGCAAUUACUCUAUUCAAGGGGAAACUAUAUCCAGAUACUGGUCCAACCUGAACAAAAACAAAAAAAAGCGUGACUUGAUACUACGCCUCCAAAUUCCACAUGAAAGCAAUGGAAACGGAGCAGGACCACAGAUAGAACCAGUAAUACAUUAUGAAACCAAUACACAACGGAUGGCAGAUAUGAUGCGAAACCAUCACGAACUAAUCCAACAAGACACAGACUCAAUAGAUCAGAUGGAGCGGGAACAGAUUACUGAACAAAUUCUAAACGCUGUGACAGUUAAAAUCUCUGAUGCACACAAAACAGACAUGAAAAGGAAACUCACAACCACGAAUGUAGAGGAAGCACUUAAACUAUCAGCCAACUACAAGGCCCCGGGACUCGAUGGAAUCUGCUAUGAGAUUUGGAAAAUAAUACAUGCAAGAUGUAAGAAUGCACAAGCACACAGAAAGAAAGCAUUCAACAUUGUUGAAGUCCUAAAGCGGGUUUUUAAUGACAUUGAAACUUUUGGAAUGGUUAGUGGAACACACUUCUCAGAGAGCUGGAUGUGCCCAUUAUACAAAAAGAAUGACCGCGCACAAAUGGAAAAUUACCGCCCCAUAUCUCUAUUGAACUCGGACUACAAAAUAAUGUCUAAAGCCCUAACUAUUAAGCUA